CCGGGCCCGGAAGGCGCGGUCGUGAGCUCCGGGGACCGCCGCAGGCCGCGCGCGGAGGAGACGGGCCCAGGGCUUGGAGGACGGUCCGGCCCGGCGGAUCUGCGGUCCAGGCCUGCUUGGGUCAAGCAAUUUGUCAAAGAUGAAAGUGACCUUAUCAGCACUGGCCACCUGCGAAAGCUCCUUCACACCUUUAGUGGUCAUAGAGCUUGCCAAGGAUGUCAAAGAAGAAACCAAAGAAUGGCUUAAAAGCAGAAUUAUUGCAAAAAAGAAAGAUGGAGGUGCCCAGUUGUUUUUUCGACCACUGUUAAACAAGUGUGAGAAGGAAACGCUAGAAAACCCAAAUUUAUACCUUGUCGGUGCCUCUAAGAUUCGCUUGUUACUGGGGGCAGAAGCCGUGGGGCUGGUAAAAGAGUGCAAUAAUGACACCAUGCGUGCCUUUACCUAUGGAACCCGUCACAACUUCAAAGGCUUCCAUGAUGAUAAUGAUGAUUUCCUCACAAUGGCAGAGUGUCAAUUCAUUAUCAAACAUGAGCUUGAAAAUCUUAGAGCCAGAGAUGAAAAGAUGAUCCCUGGCUACCCCCACGUGAAGCUAUAUCCAGGAAAGUCGUUGUUGAGAAGAUUGCUCACAUCUGGUAUUGUGACCCAGGUGUUCCCCCUGCAUGAUCACGAAGCCCUGAAGAAGCUUGAGAACAGCUGGUACACUCGAUUUGCUUUGACCUACCAGCCCAUAGAUGGUAUUCGUGGUUACUUUGGCGAGACGAUCGCUCUGUACUUUGGAUUCUUGGAGUACUUCACUUUUGCCCUGAUCCCCAUGGCCAUUAUCGGGCUGCCUUACUACCUGUUUGUGUGGGAAGACUAUGACAAGUAUGUGAUCUUUGCCUCGUUCAACCUCAUCUGGUCCACGGUGAUCCUGGAGGUGUGGAAGCGUGGCUGUGCUAGUAUGACCUACCGCUGGGGGACACUGGUCAUGAAGAGACAGUUUGAGGAGCCCCGACCAGGGUUUCACGGGGUCCUGGGCAUCAAUUCUGUCACCGGCAGGGAGGAACCACUCUACUCUAGCUACAAGAGGCAGCUGCGCAUUUACCUGGUCUCCCUGCCGUUCGUGUGCCUCUGCCUCUACUUCUCCCUGUAUGUGAUGAUGAUCUACUUUGACAUGGAGGCCUGGGCCUUGAGUGUCCAUGAGAACAGCGGGUCUGAGUUGACCGGUAUCCUUCUGUAUGUGCCCAGCAUUGUCUAUGCCAUCGUGAUCGAGGUCAUGAACUGCCUCUACCGAUAUGCUGCGGAGUUCUUAACUUCAUGGGAGAACCACAGGUUGGAAUCUGCCUACCAGAAUCAUCUAGUUCUGAAAGUACUGGUGUUCAACUUCCUGAAUUGCUUCGCCUCGCUCUUCUACAUUGCCUUUGUCCUGAGAGACAUGAAGCUCUUGCGCCAGAGCUUGGCCACGCUCCUGAUCACCUCCCAGAUCCUGAACCAGGUCGUGGAGUCCCUCUUUCCUUACUGGCUCCACAAGAAGCAUGUUGUGAAGGUGAAGAGGAGGGUGAAGGCUUUAAAGGCAGAUGUUGAUGCAACAUUGUUUGAACAGGUUCUCCUGGAAAAGGAGAUGGGGACCUACUUGGGCACCUUUGAUGACUACUUGGAGUUAUUCCUGCAGUUUGGUUAUGUGAGUCUUUUCUCCUGUGUUUAUCCAUUAGCAGCUGCCUUCGCUGUGUUAAAUAACUUCACUGAAGUCAACUCAGAUGCCUUGAAGAUGUGCAGAGUCUUCAAACGUCCAUUCUCAGAGCCUUCAUCCAGUAUUGGUGUUUGGCAGCUGGCUUUUGAAACGAUGAGUGUCAUAUCCGUGGUCACUAACUGUGCUUUGAUCGGAAUGUCGCCACAAGUGAAUGCAAUCUUUCCCGAGUCAAAAGUAGACCUCGUUCUGAUUGUGGUCGCAGUGGAGCAUGCACUCCUGGCUCUGAAGUUUAUACUUGCAUUUGCCAUACCUGAUAAACCACGACAUAUCCAGAGGAAACUGGCAAGAUUGGAAUUUGAAUCUUUGGAGGCACUCAAACAGCAGCAGAUGAAGCUAGUGGCAGAGAACCUGGAGGAGGAGCCACGGGAAGAUGGGUCGGAAGAGACAACCUGAGUGUCGGCGCGCUGGCUGCCUGCCCGCAGCCUGUGUGCUCCGCCUGUACUCAUGUGCGCACAGGAAGGGACAGGAGCCUGCACCCAGGCCUGCUGCCUGGCCAUGUGAAGUGGCUGCAACGUGGCAGGCACCCUCGUCACCAGCACCCUGAACUGUCUGGCUCUAUGGAUAGGAGAGGGCAGCCAGGACCUUUGCAAGAUCUUGCCUGUGCUCUGGCCUCCUCUUGGGCCCCACAUUCCCUUAGAGCUGCCUCACUUUACCCCAGGGACCCUGCUGGCCCAUUACCAAGGAGUCACCAGCUCUCCAUAUAGCACUCACAGUGAGCGCUGGCCAUUCCAACCCCACCAGGAACCUGUGUCGAGGGGGGAGCUUGGCAGUCUGUCUUCCAUGCCUGUCACAGGAGCAGAGCGGAAGGAAGGAGGGGAGCAAUUUCCCACCUGAACCUCCUUUCUGGACCUCUUCAGCAAUAUGUUGAGAUCCUUUGUAACCAAGUUAUUAAAAGCAGUGCUGACCUCUUGA